AUGACUACUUUUCCUCCAACACGUAUCCAAGGGACAAGCAUAGAUUCCAUAGAGCUCAGUGGAGACAUAGCACCAGCGAUACAGCAAUUUCUAAGUGUUUUCUUUAAUGGAGACAUAAAUAAAAGAUUUUUAAAUCCCAUCAAAGAUGUCAGUCUAGUCUUCCUGAUCAAGCUUGAAUUUCAAAAUUACCAGAGCCUGCAGGCCCUUAUAUUCGCGGUGGAAGAGAUCAACAAUACUCCUGACCUUCUCCCAAACAUCACCCUGGGAUUCCAGAUCUUUGACACCUGUACAGUCUUGAGACGGGCAGCAGAGGGCACCCUGUGGAUGUUAUCUGGAGGACAAGAGCAGGUCCCAAAUUAUCGCUGUGGAAGAGACGGGUCCCUUGCUGGUAUCGUUGGUGAUUCUGGGUCCACCCGUUCCAUACUCAUGGCCCAAAUACUGGGCCUUUAUAGGCACCCACAGAUCAGUUACUUUUCCACCAGCCCACUCCUCAGCAAUCGGAACAUGUUCCCAUCUUUCUUCCGUACUGUACCUAGUGACACCUAUCAGUCCCGAGGCCUGGCUGAGCUAAUACUGCACUUCGGGUGGACCUGGGUGGGGUUACUAGCAACCGAUAAUGACUACGGUCAACUUGGCAUUCAGGUGGUAAAACAAGAAUUGAUCAAAGCUGGGGCUUGUGUGGCUUUUGUUGGGACUAUUUUGACUGGUCAUCCCAACCGGAAUGCUCCUCACAUUGUAACGAUAAUCAAGGGUUCAACGGCCAAGGUUGUGGUGAUAUUGUCCUCCGAUUCUGAUUUUAUGCCGGUGGUUGAAGAGCUGGCAAAUCAAAAUGUGACCGGAAAAAUAUGGAUAGCCAGUGAAUCAUGGUCAACCUCUACCCUUCUUUCAAAUGAAAAGUUCCAACAGGUCUUGGUGGGUACAAUCGGAUUUGCUGUUCAUGGUGGGCAGAUGCCAGGGUUUGUAGAGCACCUCAAUGGGCUACUCCCCUCAACGUCUCCCAAUGAUCCUUUUAUAAGGGAGUUUUGGGGGCAGACUUUUUCUUGCAAUUGGGAUAACCUCCAUAAUUUAGAUACCUGGAUGAAGAACAAAACAAUUCCUUUCUGUACAGAGGAAGAAACGUUAGAGGGCGCAAUCACAAAUGUAGACUUUAGAAUCACUUUUAGUGUCUACACCUCAAUUUAUACUUUUGCAUGGGCCUUACAGAACUUGCUCCAGUGCACACCAAGGUCUGGACCAUUCCAUCACGGCACCUGCGCCAACAUCUCAUCGUUGCAUCCUUGGCAACUUCUUCGCUAUAUCAAAACUGUGAAUUUUCAGACCAAAGACAAGACGCGUGUAUUUUUUAACGAUGAAGGAGAACCCCAAGCCGUCUACGACAUUGUGAACUGGCAGAUAAGGGCCACGAACACUUUGCAGCAGGUUGUCGUUGGAACUUAUGACUUGAGCUCAUCAAAUGGGUAUGCCUUAAGCAUUGACAGUGCUGCCAUUGUAUGGACCACCGGUGUUAAAAAGGUUCCUCAAUCAAAGUGCAGCCCAAAUUGUCCCUCAGGAUUUAGGAAGAUGUCUCUCCCAGCAAACCCCAGCUGCUGCUAUGAGUGUGUUCCAUGCCCACAGGGAGAGAUCUCAGAUAAAAUAGACUCAGUGAAAUGCCAAUAUUGUUCCUGGAACAUGUGGCCCAAUCUCCUGCAGAACAUGUGCAUACCAAGGACCAUUGAGUUUCUUUCCUAUAAUGAAGCUAUGGGUAUUAACUUGGCAACCAUUACCCCAUUAUCUUCUCUCAUCCCGAUUAUCAUUCUGGGACUUUUCAUCCACUAUAGGACUACACCCAUAGUCCGAGCUAAUAACUGGUCUCUCAGCUGUCUUCUCCUGCUAUCGUUAUGCUUGUGCUUCCUUUGUUCAUUAGCCUUUAUAGGAUACCCACAGCCAGAGAAGUGCCUGUUGCGCCAGGUGGCAUUCGGUCUGGCCUUCUCUCUCUGCAUUUCUUGUGUUCUGGCCAAGACGAUCACAGUUGUCAUUGCCUUCAAGGCCACCAGGCCGGGGACUACACUAAGGAGAUGGACAGGUGCAAAAGUGUCCUACUCAGUUAUUGUGAUUUGUUUUCUCAUUCAAGUAUCUAUUUGUGUGACGUGGCUUUCUUGCUCACCUCCGUUCCCUGAAUAUAAUAAUCAAACGGAGUCCGGGGUCAUCAUUCUGAGCUGCAAUGAGGGUUCUCCUCUUGCCUUCUGGACUAUGUUGGGUUAUCUUGGUCUCUUGGCCACCAUCAGUUUCAUUGUUGCAUUCUUGGCCAGAAGACUACCUGACAGCUUCAAUGAGGCCAAGUUCAUCACUUUCAGCAUGUUGGUCUUCCUCAGCGUCUGGUUGUCCUUCAUUCCAGCCUUCCUCAGCUCACGUGGCAAGUAUACCGCAGCCAUGGAGAUCUUUGCCAUCUUGUCCUCCAGCUGGGCGGUGUUGGUUUGUAUAUUCUUCCCAAAAUGCUUUGUCAUACUAUUUCGGCCGGAAAUGAAUUCUAGAAACAACCUGAUGAGGAAAGACCGUAGUCGUAAUUAG